GUGACUGCAGUGAUGUGUCUGUUAUUCAGACCCCUGUUCUCCCUCCCCGUCCUCCUCAAGGGCUGCCUGCCUGGGCAUCAGCAGUUAGGACUCCUGCUCCAUAGUCCACGGAUGGGGACCUACAGCGAUUUGUGAGGAGGAACUAAGAGGCCAUGACUGACUGGCACAAUGGCACAACACCCGGCCAGCAGGAGGAUGAGAGCAGUGCUCAGGAGAGGUCAGAGUGUGUGCUGGCUUACAUCCCUGUCAUCUACUACAGUACUCUGUUGUGUGUUGGAGUGCCAGUGAACAUCCUGACGCUGGUGGCUCUUUACCGGCUGGCUGUUCGUACUCAGAAGGCCCUGUAUGUGUAUCUUCUUGCACUAACUGGCUCGGACAUCCUCAGCCAGCUAUUCAUCAUCUUCGUGGGCUUUCUGUUGGAAACGGCUGUGUUUCACCGAGACGUCCCUGUGCUGCUGCUGAGGUCAGUCAGUAUGAUGGAGUUUUCUGCCAAUCAUGCAUCUAUCUGGGCUACCGUUCCCCUCACGGUGGACCGCUAUGUCGCUUUGUGCCACCCGCUACUUCAUCGGCAGAUCAGUUACCCGGCACGGGCUCGGCGGAUCAUCGCAGUGGUGCUCACAUUGGCGCUGGCAUCCGGCGUGCCAUUCUUCUGGUGGUCGGACAUGUGGAGGGUCAGCCAUGCGCCAAACAGCUUGGAUACUGCCUUGAUUUGGACCCAUGUGACUAUUAUUUACUUCCUUCCAUGCUGCAUCUUCCUGGUACUAAACUCUUUGAUCAUCCUGAGGCUCCAGAAGAGACAGCGGCAGCAGAUGUGCCAAGACGAGAGCGGGCAGCAGCUGGCAGUGCCAAGCAAGCUGGGUAAAACCACGGCUAUGCUCCUAGCAGUGACUUCUGUGUUUGCUGUCCUGUGGGCGCCUCGUACCGGAGUGGUGCUCUACCAUCUCUAUGUGUCAUCAGUGCACAGCGAUUGGCGGGUACAUCUAGCAUACGACUUAGCUAACAUGUUGGCCAUGCUAAACACUGCUGUGAAUUUCUUUCUGUACUGUUUUGUCAGCAAACCCUUUAGAGGGGCAGUGAGGGACGUCCUGUUGUUCCGGGGGGCGCCUUUGCACCCACGCCGCCCCCUACAUCACCAGCACAAUGCUGCCAAUGUCUCCACAUCUUCUAUUUCCAGCUCCAAACGUUCCCAGCGAGAGGUCACCCCUCUCUCACCCAAAAGGGCAGACAUCAAGAUAUAGUCCUGCUUAAAGGGAAAGUUCACUUAAAAAUGACAAUUCUGUUACCAUUUAAUCACCCUCAUGUUUUUUUAAACAUGUAUGACUUUUCUUAAUGUCCAUACAUUAAAUUCAAUUAUAUUAUAAUUAUUUUGACCAAAAAAAAAAAAAAAAAAAACCCUGAACACUUCUUCAGAGUAGCUUCUUUGGUGUUCUGAAGAAGAAAGAAUACAGCUUUGGAGGGAAAGUUUAAGCCAGCAAAUAGUGACAGAAUUUUCAUUUUUGGGGCGAACUAUCCUUUUAAGCCCCAACAAAAAGCAUGGUGUUGUUCUUAAAACAAAAUUGAAAAGAAUUCAAAUUAGAGUCUUUUAUGGAUUUAAAAGUUAAAGGUGCGGUCACAUUAGCGAAAUGUCACAUGCAAAAAAAAGGUGCAUUGUUUAUUGUCAAUAGUGUAGCGACAUAUGAAGCACAGCUCAUACAGAAUUCACUUUCAAACCAAGUG